AUGGGAAAUGCAAGUAUCACAGAAUUACAGGCUAGCAUUACGGUAGGGACGCAGAACCUUCAAGAGUCCAAAGCGCUGCUAGCACAACUGCGGAGAUCUAAACAAGAAUCUCGAAGGAAAAAGGCGGAAGCAAAGAAGCUUCAAGCCGAUUCAAAGAAACGACAGGAAGAGGAGAGAAAAAAGGGCAGAUUGCGCGAUAAGAUUACAAAACUAAUUGAAAAAAGGCAGCCUGUUGAAGGAUUGAGGAACAACCUCAAACGUUUCGUUCAUGCCCAAUAUGAACCGAACGCGGUCAAGCUUCCCAUACACGUCUUCCUUGCUGCCUUGAGAUAUAUCCCCUACUCUUCGUGGGAAAGGCUACAACAACAUCCAGACAUAUUUUCAGAAGUUAAAGAUGCGCUUGCAUCUGAAUUUACCGACAUGGAGGAACUACUCUCUACAUUUCUUGUAGCUCAUCUGUUCCGCGAUUUCCCUGAAUUCUACAAGAAAAUUAUGCGAGGUAAUUACCACCAGUGGUUUCCCAUCAAUGACAGCAGUCUAAUCUGUAUCCCAACAGACCUGGCUGAGCUACCUGUUAAAGGACAACACAACCUUAAAUUCAAUUACGAAAGCAGUCAGGGUUGGCCUGAGGCCUCUACCGAUAAUGAUAUCCGUUCUGCACAGCUCCCCGAUUCCACUGCCACCACGUUGCCUGUCUCGUUUCCAAAUUCAUCUGCGUACCCUCUGGCAAUACUGCCUGCCACGGGAGAUCCCAUUGAUUCCAGCACAGGAAGCAGAGCUGUCGCCCAAGCCUUAUACGCCGGGCAAGAACCAUCGCCGGAUGGAUGGACAACUGACACAGCUGAGGAACAGUUCCCAGACCAACGCAGCCAAGGUCUCGGUCGAUGGAAACGGCGACGGACCCUAGAGCCAGCAGUUCAAUACACCUCGCCGUCACUGCCCUCUCUGUCUACCUACGCUACAACGCAGCCACAUACCAGUCCACACGAUGUGUUCACCAAUGCUAGCACGCGAGCAACUGGCUAUGUUGCCAAUCCUUCGCAGCCCACAUCCGAUGGCUAUAAUGUAAGCGGGUAUCCGACUAUCUCGCCACAAAUAUCAACCUCCUUCAUUGAUGAGACGCAAAUCCCGCUGCAGCAACCGAGGACUUCCAUCAAUGGAGAAUUGAUCGUCGAGCCGAGCUGUUUAGUCAGCAUGCACCCAGUCCAACCCAACGCCAAUGAAUCUGUUACUCAGUGGUUGGACCCAUAUUCGCUGUCUGCUCCCCAACCUUUGCUGGUUUUUGAGGAGCUGCUCUGUAAGACCAAGCUUUAUUUCCAAAACUCAUGCUGGGGCAUGAGCUUUGACAAAGAUGGGAACCUCCUUAAUUCAACUGGCGCCAAGUGGGGUAAUUCUCUGUGCAGCGAUUUCGACUCACGCUGCUUGACUGCUACCAUCCUUGCAAAAAAGAAGAUGGAAUUUGUGCCGACACUCAGCAAAGCCUUUAGCCUUGUCGAAGGAAUCAUUCGAGCUGAGCAUCCUCGGACUCUGGCCUGCUUUCUAGAAGUGUUCAUACACCUCAUCCAAACCAACAACCAUCAAGUAGCUUCCUGUCUCCGUCGCUACAUCGGAGAAAUUUCUAAAACUAUCACCACUACGGAUCAUCCUUGGAGACGAAUUUGUUGGCUUCUCGGUCAACAAGACUUGACCUCUGAGGCCAUGGCACAGAUUUGGCAAUGCAUGACAGAUACUUUUGAUAACAAUCUAGGGCCGCUCAGUCGGUUCGCCGUGUCUGUUCGGCUCGAUUACACAAAGCGCGUGGCAGAUCCCACCGAAGAAGAGCAGGUUCUUCAGCACCUCCUUGAUCGCUUAUGCAGUCCUGACCUGUCCACUCCCAACCUGUCCACUCCACGGGUGAUGCUUAACUUGGCACAUAACUUGAGAAAACAGGGAAAUUAUUCCAAAGCAGAGACGCUGGCGGAGAACAUUCGUUUACUGCUUGACCGAUACCAAAUAUAUGCUUGCAGAACUGUCGAGAGGAUAGAAUCUCUGAAAGUCGUUUCUUAUUGUCAGUUUGACCGAGGGGAUGUUACCGCAGGGUCCGCAGCAGCGAAGACAAUGCAAGAGGCGAUACAAAUGAUUGAGGAUAAGUUGGGAAACACACAUUCUUGGGUCACAGAAUUCAAGACUGUUCUGGAGGGUUGGCUUCGAGCUGCAGACAAGGUGGUGGAUGCGGACAACCUGCAACGGGAGAUAGACAAAUUGAUGAAGAAGGAUUUAACCGAAGAGGAUCUAACUGAGCUAAACUGA